UGUAACUUUGUUAAGAAAAAUGUAAUCCAAAGCAACCCCAUUUGCAGGUUUGUCAGGAAUAUAUCUUUAAAAUAAAAAGGCAUUGUAUUUAAAAGAGGUUUACUCAUUACAGAUUCCUUUCCCCUAAAGAUCAUUAACUUAAAUGUAUCAUUAAAAGUCUAAUUUGACCCUUCAAUCUUAAUAGGUUUAUAAUGCUAAUGAGGAUUAACAAGUCAAUAUUGGCCUUUUGGGAUAUUAAAACUAUAAAAUAGGGGUCCAUGAAUAUUUUAACUUUAGAAAGAAGGCAUCCAAGGUUUUAGCUUCAUAUUCUGCUGACACAAAUUGCAUUAGAGACAACAACUAUUUGGGUUUUCUCUGCACGUGAGGUUGGUUUUGUAAACUGUAGUAGUCCACUAGCUAGAUUAUAUUAUAAUAAUGCACGUGUGCACACAUUUUUCUUAUACCUUGGAAAAGGGUUCAUGAACUCGCUUGUCAAGACUCAAGACAGACAGACAACUAAAUGUCUCUCUUCUUUUUUCUAGUAAUCUUAAUCAUGAUAACCCAUGAACAUUGUUUUGCAUUCUGAUAAAAUUGCAUUUUUCGCAUUUUGAUAAUUUCGCGUUUUUUGCAUUUUUUUCUCUUGUAUGGGAUGCUGGUCAUUCAACAAUAGGUUUGUGUGUGCCCUUUAAGAUAGAAUUUGAUAUAUGAAUUGACAAUUUCAUAGCUGGGAAAGGAAGCUAUACCAAUGAUAAAAAAAUUGAGUCAAUCCAAAUGGAAAGAGACACAAGAUUAUACUAAAAGACACUAAUUUAGACAAUGUCAGAUAGCAAGUAUGUUAUGUGAUUGUAUUUUAUAAGUGGAAGAGAGGUUGGAUUAUAGUUAUUUUUAACAUAAGAUAUAGCUAGUUGUAGUUAUUUUUAACUAUGUAAUUCUAUUAGCUAUGCCUCGGAUGCUCCUUACGCUUGCUUUAAAAUGGAGGGACACCUGUCUUUGUUUUUAAUACCAUCAUUACUCAACUGUUUUCAAUAAAAUAACUGUUAAAGAUGCGAUUAACGAGAUAAAGAAAGCAAAAUGCUUCUGAUUAGUAUUUUCUACUACUGAUCAGUAUUGUUGUCCAAGUGUAUUUGAAAUAUAAGAGUUAAGACUUCAGUGUUUAAUAUCAAUGGUGGAACUCCAGUCUUGUGCUUGUAUGGUCAAUGAUUCUGCAUUAUGUGCUAUAGAGCAAGAAAUGAAAGGAGACAGCACUGUGAUUAAUGCUAUUGCAAGUAUAUCAGCAGAGUUGCAGAAAGAAAGAGAAAAGAAUUCAGAGCUUAUGCAGAGAAUAUCUGCACUCGAAGCUCAAACACAAGGAAUAGAUAAGAAUUCAUCUACGCCUAAUGGCCAAUGCAGUUGUAUCAGUUCAGCAGAAAGAAACCUCAAGAUUUUCAAAAGACAAAAAAUAGAAACAUGUCAAGAUGAAAUUGAAGAGAAAAAAGUUGACAGUGGUGAUUUAGCAUCGCAGGUAAAGAUUGACAUUCAGGGUAUUCCACAGAAAGAUGCAAAUGUAGUUACUUGGAUGAACUUGGACGAGACUCAUUUUUCAAAUCUUGACCAGUUGAAAAAUGACGACUUAGCUGUAGAAGAUUAUGAUGAUGAUUCAGAUGAUAGUUAUGAAGAAGAAGAUUUUGAUGAAUUUGACAAUCAGAUUAACCACAAAAAUAUCAUUAGAGAUGAGAAUACAUCAGCUGAUGAUCCUGUUUCUGAUAAAGAGGCUUGUCGGACAAGACCUGGAGGAAACAUAUUGUUAUCAAACCGAAAGGUGGCAUUCUGUCCAAAGGAAGUAAAAAGGAUAUUAGAAUCGGAAGUUCUUUUAGAGAAAAAUGCUCAGUCUCACACCAUGAGGAAAAUCAUAGUUUUUGCAUCUCUUGGUAUAAGACAUGGCUGUGAUGAUAUGUAUGAACUCGACUUCAAUCAUUUCACCAUUCAGAGGAAAGGGGAACCUUACGUAUCUGUAAAUGAUCCAGGGGAGCAUGUAGUCUAUGAGAAUCCAGGUGUCAGGAGUAAAAUAUUAUUUCCAAAUAGGCAGAACCCAACAUUAUGUCCUCUUCGGGUACUUGAAGAAGAGAAAGCUAUGCGUCCAUCUGAUCCUAACUGUCCAUCUUGUUUGUUUCUGUGCAUCAAGUACGGUGGAAGAACGAGAAAUCUUCCCCAAAAUGAAUAUGUAAGGCAGCGAAUGGGAAGAAACAAGCUAAAAUCUUUUGGACCGGUUAUGUGUCGAAUAGCAAGUCUGGUUCAUAUCCGCAGUGGAAGCUUCUUCUUUAAGUCAUUGGGUAUCACGCUUCUGUUCAUGGCUGGCUUUCCUGAUGACUUGGUUCAAAGGGAAACCAAAUACCGGAACUUGGACUUGCUGCAAAAAUAUUACAGGACAGAUGAAGAUGCUGAAAGGGAACAAUUAUUUGCGUCGCAUCCAACAACUUGUGAUAAUGCCGGUCCAGGUUCUGAGAAGUUAGCUGGGAAGACAGUUUCGACAAAAUCCAAGGCCAGAAAACAAGCAAAAUCCAUAAGCAAGGCUACUAAUUUGCCAGAAUCCGCAGUUCAUCAGAGUAUACCGUCACCUCCUACCCGGUUCGGACUUAUGGGCUAUACCUCGAUUCAAACUCAGCCAAUGGUACCGUUCCAGUCUAUACCAUCUCAAACUCCAUAUCAUAUGUUCGCACCACAACCAGCAAAUAGUUUCAUGCCUAUGGUAUAUUGGUCUGCACCUAAUGCAUUUCCUUAUGCCUCUACAUAUGGUUACCAAGCUUUUCCAUCUGCAGCCAACUAUCUUUCUAUACAGCCCCACCCUUACUACAGCCAUCCUUCUUGUAGUUCUUUAAUUCCCAAAAUGGCAGAAAGGAAUUUAAAGAAUGACGCUGUGCUGGCAGAUUCUGAUUGUGUCUCCGAUAGUAGUUCUAGCAGCAGCACUGACCCAAAAUAGGCAUCAGCAUGUUGCAAAUAUUAAGUAGCGUGGACACUAUAUUUAAUCACUUUUUCAUUUUAGUGUAGGAAACUUGUUUUUCGGACAAGAAACUUCAUUUUUAACAUAGUGAACUUAAAAUAACACUAUUUUACUGUGUCCGUGUCCAAGUGUCCUGUUUUACAUAUCUAUGUACUACAUAUUAGAGCUGUAGUCACACCCCUAUUGUUAGUGUAGAUUUUCUUCCCUGGAAAAUGAAUGAUCAUAGCAGAGGGGUGCAUUGUAAUGCCAUUUUAGGCCUCAGUCCUAUAAUGCCGGUAUCCUGUGCGUUGCACGGAAACGCUUACAUUUCAACAAUUUAUUUAAAUUUCCAAAAAUGCUUUUGAAA